AUGUCCAACGUACAGGAGUGGAUUCCUGAGAAAUGGCACAGAAGCGAUGUUCUACAGGGUGCAGCAUCUACGCUUACUGGUUCCGGAAUUCGGCUCCCGCAGUUCGGCGAACACAACAUUGUGGUCGAUUGUCUGCCCAAGGGUAAGAUUGGUAUCAACUACGCUGCAGUAGUUGCUGCUGAGUGA